UUCACAAAUAUUAGACACGUUUAAUAAUAUGAACGUGUCAAUACCAUGUUAUGACUGCCACUUCCUUCUUCUACGUGCCUCUUACAAUUUUCUCCCCAUAAAUAGGUAAAUAACAGAACUUAGAAAUGCUUCCUUCUACAAUUUGUGUUUAUAAUUAUUUUUCAUUAAAAAGAAAAAAAAAAAAAAAAAAAAACAUAUUUACAUACAAUGUUGAUGAAAUAUUGGAGUUCUGCUGCAAGAAGUGUCAUCAAUAAUAAUGUGUCCAAAGUUGGUUAUCAAAAUGAUAUUAUCAACAUGCUAACGGCUACUAGCUUCUCCUCUAUUAACCAUAAUCCUCAGAACAUUCAUAGCAACAAAGUAGAUGUACCAUUUGCAACAGCCGAGCCUAAAAUCGUCCCAAGGCAAACAUCCGUAGAAGAUCCCUACGAUGAAACUCACAACAACCUCAACUUCCACCCCAAUCACAACCACCAUGUCCACAAGAACGACAAAGCGGCUAGAAGGACAACCGAAGACACGACCAAUUAUGUCGCGGACAAAGCCAAGAGCGGAACCAGGAGCGCUGUCGAAACCACCUUCGUUGUGGGGGAGAAACUCGCGGAAGGAAUGGAACAAACAUUCGGAUGCGUCAAGGACACUACCAAGAAGGUUAAAGAUACGGUAUUAGGCAAAUGCGACGAAGACGGUGAUAACAAAGACCAUGAUAAUAGUCAUGGCAAAGUUGACAAACAUGUUGAAGAUUUGAGAAGGAAGGCAGGAGGAUAUGAUUUGAGACGAGGUUCUCACUAAUUUUUAGCUUUACUUUACUUUUUUGAACAAAGCUUUACUUUACUUUGUAUGAACGAUAACGCCCAUUUUCUGGGGUGUAUGUUGCAAGUUGAGUGAAUGUUGUUGUAUUACAUAAUUCCAAGAACACAAACUUUUAAACUACUUGUUAGCAUAAUUACAUCAUCAUAUAUGUAAUAAAUAAUAAUUACACCAUAUAUAUAUAUAUAACAAAA